AUGAAUAAAAACGAAAAUAAUUCUGUUUCCUCUAAAGCUGAAGUGAUUGGCAGGAAAAUCUCAAUUAUUCGUCGACUUACACUAUCUGGAGAAGUGCCGACGAAUCUGCCGCAGAUCAAAGUCACAAAGGUUCCUCCAAGCAAUUCAACAAUGAGCAUAGCUAAGAUGAAUGGAUCCUAUAAGGCUCGCGUCAUGUGGAGAGAUGAUCGAAGCCCUCCAUGGAUGGAGAAAGGUGGAGGACGUCUUUCAACUCGUAGUUCACCUUGUACAUCACCAGCCAUUCCAAGCUCAUCCGAUAGCUGUGAUAUGCUGAUAGACGAUAGAAGGACAUCAUCAACCAAAAAUAGCUUAUUCUUAUUCUCAAUCGAUGAUGAAAGUCAGCAGAUUUUCCAGGAUGACAUGGAUGACAAAAGUGUUUUACAUUAUGAACUUGGGUUUUACGAAAAAAGUACCGGAGACUGUUUUAGGGGAUCUCUCACUUUCGCUCUUCGAUAUGAUUUCAUUCACAGGGUUCUGAUGCUUCAUGUUUUACGAGCUAGUAAUCUACCUGUAGAAGAUAAAAACAGAACUGUCGAUCCUUAUGUUAAGAUGUAUCUAUUACCGGAACGACGAAAUCAUUGUAAAACUCGAAUUUGUAAGAAAACCCUCGAUCCCGAAUUCAAUGAAAUGUUUUCAUUUGACGUUUCAUUCAAUAGUUUACAUCAUCGAAUGCUUCAGUUUACUGUUUAUGAUUUCGAUCGUUUUACUCGACAUGGUCUCAUAGGAAAUGUAAUUAUGAGAGAUCUUUUUGAUAAAAGUGAUCUUUACACAUGGACAGAGUAUACAAUGCAAAUAGUUGGAAGUCAGGAAAAAAAUGAUUUCGGAGAUUUAUUAUUAUAUUUACAAUAUGUUUCACAUGAACAAAAACUAUUGGUGACUGUUGCUAAAGCUUAUAAUUUACGACCAAUGGAUAUAACUGGUGCUUCUGAUCCUUAUGUCAAAAUUGAACAGGUGUAUAGAGGAAAACGUGUAAAAUUGAGAAAAUCAUCUAUUAAACGGGCAAAUUUGAAUCCUGUCUAUCAUGAAACUUUGGAAUUCGAAAUUCCAAUCAAUCAGGUUCCAGAAACAAAUUUACUUGUGCAGGUUAUGGAUUGGGAUAGAAUCGGUAAAGAUGAUUUGUUAGGUUGUUGUGUCCUUGGUAAAGAUUCACCAACACCAGAAGGAAAACAACAAUGGGAGAACUGUUUCUUAGCAACAGCUUCAAAGGAAACUGGACAAAAACAAAAGCCUGUCGGACAAUGGCAUAGCAUACUGUCAGAAGUGCCGGAAAACUUUCGAGACAUUCCAAAAGCAAAAAAAUAG